AUGUCGAAGCCAGACGCAGUAUAGUUUUUUGUUUACUCUCUCUCUCUCUCUCUCUCUGUAUAGGCAACUACCCAACCACUGAUAUAGCUUCGAACGGAUCAUUUUUGCAUUGUUCAGACAAUUUUAUAUAUACAAUCCACAUAUAUAUAAGUCGGUAGUGAUGCGAUCUCAUUCCCAAUCUGCAAAUCCACGUUAUCUCUCCCCGUUAGGUGUUUUCUCGUCAUCCAGACGGUGCUCUGACGCUCCGAUUCACGUUUCCUCCAUUCCGACGUUUGGCCGCCAUCGAACCACAUCCUAUCUCGGUGUCAAGCUAUCAGGAUCGUGGGUAGGGCGACAUGGAUUGCGGCAGAGGACCAGUCAAGUCGGAUCCACGGACGAGGGUUUAUCUUCAUUUGAUAUCUGGGGAGAUGAUGAGGGGAUUGUUGAACACAUGCUUUCAUCAAGUGACGAUGAAGAAAAUGAAGGAGAAGUAAUGGGUCCAGUCACUGAUGUUGAUUUGCCUACGACGAGGGAACUUACAACUGGUGAUUCUUUUGCUGUGACUGCCCACCGGUUUGCAAUGCUUAGGAGAGGACGCAGGAGAAGCAGGAUUAAGUAUGGAGUGAUUAACAAUAUUGGACUCUUGACCUUCUUGACCGCACUACUUUUAUUUGUGGAUUGGUGUGCAUGGCGAAUUGUCAGACUGCCUUUAGAAUCAUUUUAUUUGAUGCGACCUUUUUGUAUAUCUGCAGCUACAGUGUCUUGUGUGGGUUAUGUUUGUGUCCCAUUACUUCGUGGUUUGAAGAUUCUUGCAAUCAUUAGGAAAGAAGGGCCUUCUAGGCACUUUUCUAAGAGGUGCACCCCCACAAUGGGUGGGUUAUUUCUUGUACCCAUUGGUAUAAUUGUUGCGGAAGUGCUUGUUGGUUUUUCUUCCACAGAGGUUUCUGCUGCAGCAGCAGCAACCCUAGCAUUUUCUGCAAUUGGGCUACUUGAUGAUAUCCUAAGCAACAUAAAGAAUCACAAUAAUGGUUUGNCUGCAAAAAUGAGGAUGCUUUUGGAGUUAGCUGUUGGAUCAUUGUUUUCAUUUUGGUUGGAUGCCACGAAGAUAUCAUCGCCCUACAGCAUGAAAAUGUUGGUUCCUCUACCUGCCCCAAUGGGCCUUAUUUGCCUGGGAAAAUUUUAUCUUUUUUUGACUUCAUUCUGUUUUGUUUCCAUGGCAAAUGGAGUUGACCUAACUGAUGGUCUUGAUGGGUUGGCGGGAGGGACUGCUGCAUUGGCCUUUGUAGGAAUGUCAAUUGCGGUGCUUCCAAUAUGUUCUGAUCUUGCUGUAUUUGGAGCAUCAAUGGCAGGAGCUUGCAUUGGUUUUCUUUCACAUAACCGAUUCAAGGCUUCUGUAUUUAUGGGUGAUACAGGUUCCUUGGCUCUAGGUGGAGCUCUAGCUGCAAUGGCUUCUUGUACAGGAAUGUUUCUUCCAUUGUUCAUUUCAUCUGGGAUCUUUGUACUGGAGGCAGCCUCGGUUGUAAUGCAGGUAUCUUUCUUCAGAGCCACCAAACGCUUGCGGGGAGAUGGGCGGCGCCUAUUCAGGAUGGCACCAUUCCACCACCAUCUCGAGCUAUCUGGAGUUGAAGAACCAAUUAUUGUAGCUGGCGCAUAUGUUGUUUCUUGUGUGCUGGCUUUAUUUGCAGGAUAUGUAGGUCUGGUUUCAGCAUAACUUGAAGCAUUGUUUACCCCCAACGAAUUACAUACUUGCUGUAGUUAACUAUACGUGGCAUUCCUUUAUUAGUUGAUUAAUUUGUUGAGGAUGAGCCUUGAUAG